AAUAGACUGGGUCACCAAACUGCAGUCUUCCGAGGACACAAGACGCAUGUAGAUGCUCGCUGAGUUGAUCCUGAAACCAAUCACAUUCUGUCAAAUAAGUAACACAAUGAGCAGCAUUGUUUUAGAAUGGUCCGGACAAACUGAUGAACGAUUUGUCACCACGUAAAGAUGUAGAUCUUUCGUGAUGAACCAGAAGAAACCAGGAAAAACCACGCAGAACCCGAAAACUUCGACACUUUCGAUGAAUUGCUCCUGGAGUCUAGGCUUCCAAUCACUUUGUGCCAUCAAUUGCGCAGGUUUAGAUAUAGUGACUCGGCAUAAUUUCGUCGCACCCUGUUUUUCGAGGUCUGAUCGGUCGGUGUAUUUGCACGUACAGUGGUUGGGUGUGGUUCUAACUCCAACGGCAUCGACCAACUUCUCGCUGCAGCUCUUCUCUGCUCCGAGCUUCUGGUUCAUCGAGAAUCUAUCUUUACUUGACGGUUGCUCGAUUCACGCCGUGACCGCUCAUCGAUCCGAUGAUUGAAGUGGAGACCGAGUUUCAGUGUCGGUGAAUUGUAGCGACAGAGGGCAACAAGAUCGGUGAAGCAUAUGCGAUCUGGCUCGAAAAGAACGUGUUUCAAAUUGUUCCUAUAUAAAUUGAAGCACGUUGCUUGUGCUCAAAACAAAGGCAUGUUCGAAUCUAUUACAUGUUUGAAGUAUACUAUGAAAGUUUGUUAUGGCAUAAUACCGCUACGUAUACUUGUACAUAGAUUCAUCCCAAUGCAUCUAUACUUCAUAUAUUCGAAUUCACGUGUUGAAAUAUCUGUAUAAAUUGAAGCAUCCUAUAAAAUAAACUAUUAAUAAUCAUUGAGCUUGAGUCCUAAUUCAUGGCAGACAUUCAUGAGAUCGCAACGUAUAAUAUUUUCUAAGUUGACAAAAUUAUUUUCUGUUUGAUUGGGAAACAUGUGAAAACAUGCAACGUGACACAAGCUGAUUCAGUGAUCUCAACCAGUUAAGCGUGCAAGAUUGGCAACAAAAUCGUCUGAGAAUCCUUCAUCUGUAGAACAUGAAACGUGGGUACAAAGAAGGUUCUCUACCCUUUUCCUACUUUUAAGUAUAGUUUAGUAACUGAUUCGUUGAUUGGUAACAUGAGCUGUAAUAAAAUUAUUGUGGUUGAAUCAUGGAAGGCAAAUAAAGAUGUGGAAUGAUUGUAAGUUG